AUGCUGCUUUCUUUAAAUAAAUCCUCGAUGAAAAGUCUUUUUAGAAGCACAAAUCAUUCAUGUGAAAGCUUAACAGAAAGAGAAGGAAGAAGAUCAUCAGCUGAAAAUUUAAAUAUAAAUGCAUAUUUAAGUUCUUUAUAAAUGAUGAGUGAUCGUAAAGAUGUUGACAAAAAGAUAUUCAAAAAUUUAAUUUAGAUUAAAAACAAAAAGACUCCUAUUAAGCAAAAUCUUUUUGCAAGUAAUUCAGUUAAAGAAUUAAAUUAAUCAACUUAAUAAUCAGCAUCAAGAUAAAAACCUUUUACAAGAGCCAGAUUUGCAUCUCAAAGAUCAACAAUUUUAGGUAAAUAAGCUUAAGCAUAAGAAUAAUAUGAUGAAUAAAAUAGUGAUAAACUUUAAUAACUUAAUGAAUCUCUCUUUAAACUUGUAGGAUUAUUAAUUAAAUUAAAAGAAGAAAUGAAUAAUAAUCGAAAGUUUUAUCUAUAAAUAUUUAAACUUAUUGGCUUAAAGAAACAUCUAUAAAAAUUAUUAAUCAAUUUCGAAACAUAAACAAUAAUCGAACCUUUAAAUGUAUACUUUUUAAAAUAAAAUAUAUGCAUCAAAGAACACAUUAUGGAUGGAACCACACUUUUAACUNGA